AUGGACGACGAACUCGACACUUCGAAAAUCAAAAGUUGGCGAUCAAUCAUCACUCUAAUCAUUUUUGUUAUAACUAAUAUCAUUGUCCUUUUCCCAUUUCAUAUCCCUAUCUACGUGCCUCGAUGGAUCACGAACGGGUUUCUGGACCUAUUGGGUGGCAUGCGCAUCAUACCUCGCCGGACUAACCCUCGACCCAAUGACAAGCAAAGCAUCUUUGUAAAAUUUCGCUUUCCAUUGAACUUUGUCACGGCACCUUUAAUAGCGGACCUGUUCCUUCUCGCUAUUUUGGCUAUUGGCCGAAAAGAGGUACACGAUGGAAUCGUCGGAGCAGAGAACAUCAACCCCAUUGAUAUCAUGGUUUUCUUCCUUACACUCGCUUACAUUGCCAUCUCGAUUGAUGCCUCUGGCCUCAUCAGAUACCUGGCCUUCAAGGUUCUCCAAAAGGCAGGCAAAGUCGGCCACCGACUAUUCUUCUACCUCUUUGUCUUCUUUUUCGGGUUAGGCAGCUUCAUCGGAAACGACCCGAUCAUUCUAUCCGGUACCGCCUUCCUCGCAUACAUGACCCGUGUAUCAAGCAAUAUCGUCCACCCAAGAGCCUGGAUCCACAGCCAGUUUGCCAUAGCCAACAUCGCAUCCGCGAUUCUUGUCUCCUCCAACCCCACCAACCUGGUCCUUGCUGGCGCCUUCAAGAUCAAGUUCAUUGUCUACACAGCCAACAUGAUCGUACCUGUGGUUGUGACGGCAAUCGUUCUUUUCCCGCUCCUACUAUAUAUCAUUUUCGCUGAUGAAUCCCUCAUCCCUCUAUCCAUCACAAUGCAUGAGCUGUCUGAGGACCAAAAGAAAAAACCACCCGUGAAUCCCAAUAUCCCUAACGCCAGAGGAACCGCCGAAGAGAAAGAGGAAGCCGACGAUACGGAGGGAAAGCAACUCUCACUAGAAGAGAUCAUGAAUCCAUUUUUGGACAAAACGGGUGCAUCUUUCGGGGGGAUCAUUAUGGCCGCCACGCUAAUCACCCUCCUAGCAAUCAAUGCAUCAGGCAAAGAGAAUCCCGUUUUCUGGGUCACAUUGCCCGCUGCUUUUGUCAUGUUCUGCUGGGAUAUCGCGUUUGGUUGGAAGCAUCGCCACGAGACCCGUGAGAUUGCCGCGAAAGGUCGACAGGAGGUUGAGGAUGCACAGGAAGAGCGAGAAAUGCGCAAACGAGAAGAAGAGGAAGAAAUGCGCGAACGGGAAGAACAGCAAGCGCUGUCAGAAAAGAUGGACCCAGAGAAUUUUGGAUCAGGCCAGUCUUCUGAGCAAUUUGAUGCUUCGGGCUUGCGCCACCGCAGUGAUCACACAGAUGGCGAUAUCUCACUUAAGAGCACCGAUAGUGAUAUCGCCUCAAAGGAUCCCUACUCAGAAUGCGGGACCCCCUUUUCAGUCUCUGUCGUCGAUGGGAAGGAAAAGUUCCCGGAACUACAGCCACCUGGUGUUGCAAUAAAUAGCGAACACUUAGCACGCACAAGUUCUCCCGAGGCACUGGACUCGAGACAAACCACCGACACGACGACAGAUGUGGAAAAGCGGCCAUAUCCAUAUCACCAGGACGACGGGCCACGCACGUUGGUGUCGAUCGCUGCUAAUAUCUACCGCUGGUCGCAGGAGACAUUCCCCACCAUGACAGUCGUAGUAUCCCAUAUGCCUUUCGCACUGGUUCCAUUCGCUUUUACGAUGUUUAUUCUGGUGCAGGCGCUUGUCACAAAGGGUUGGGUGCCGGUUUUCGCGUACGGAUGGAACCACUGGGUAGAAAAGACCGGGACAAUAGGCAGUAUCGGUGGAAUGGGAUUCUUAUCUGUGAUUUUGUGCAAUUUUGCUGGCACAAACAUCGGUACCACGAUUCUCCUUUCACGUGUUAUCCAAGCAUGGCAAAAGAUCCACGACGUCAGUGGAGUUCCCAUCAGCGAUCGCACAUGGUGGGCCACUGUCUACAGCAUGGCACUUGGAGUCAAUUAUGGCGCAUUCAGCACUGCGUUUAGUGCUUCGCUGGCUGGGAUGCUGUGGCGGGAUAUCUUGGCGAGAAAGCACAUCCGCGUCGGUGGCCUGGAAUUUGCCCGUGUGAACCUACCCAUUAUUGCUAUCUCCAUGGUGGUUGGAUGUACUGUUCUCCUUGGAGAAGUGUAUAUUGUCAGAAGUGAUACACAGCCAUACGUUCCCGCUUAA